AGUGAGAUUUGAUGGGUUUGGCAGAAACCUCCCUGUAGACUGUGGGUUUCCCUGACUGCUAGGAGGAGUCUUCCUGCAGAACAAGGGAGGCACUUCUGGGCUUAGCCAUAGAGAAUCCACUCCCUACUCAUGUUUCUUGAAGCUUACAGAGACCUGGUCUUCAUGUGUUCAACCUUCCAACCCCAGGCCUUGGUUUCCCCAUAUGAAUGCUCAGGCUUUCCCUGAGUCCAGUAGGAGAGCAUUGGCUAACCAAGAUGACUGUCUUUCAACAAAAACAAGUGCCAUCCCCCAUCUGAUUGCAUGCUUGUUGUUAGAUAUGGACUUUAGCUCCAGGCCUUAACCCUCAUAACAACAGGACAAACAUUGUCUGAAACCGGAACCGUUUACCCUUCUUCCACCCACGGUUUGCGCACAAAGCAGGAGCAAAACAAACUUAUUUUGAACACUGGGCUCCUAGCACGCCGCGCUGGCAAUCAUUAACUUUCUAGUCCAAGUGGAGUGAACCGCGCCCUUUAUAAGGCAAGGGCUGCACCCAGCAAGCAUCGUGCACUGCCCACGGCGACUCAGAAUUGGACACCUAUCAAGCCACUGCCAGCUGCCCAGAGAGCAUUGACCACCGUGCCGCUGCUACCUGCCCAGAGAGCAUCGUUCACUGCCUGCUACCCUCACUUUGCUAUGCCUGAGGUCCCAGCUGCCGGCCUCUGGCCGUUCCUGCUCCUGCUGGCUGUCCAGGUCAGCACGGUUGCCAGCUCGACUCAACCCUGGCACUGUGCGCCCUGCUCCGCAGAGAAGCUCGCGUUCUGCCCACCAGUGCCUUCCUCGUGCCCGGAACUCUCCCGGCCUGCUGGCUGCGGCUGCUGCCCUAUGUGUGCCCUGCCUUUAGGCGCUGCCUGCGGCGUGGCCACUGCACGCUGUGCCAGGGGACUCAGCUGCCGUGCACUGCCGGGAGAACCUCGGCCCCUGCACGCUCUCACCCGGGGUCAGGGCGCCUGCGUGCCUGAGCCUGCCACCCCCACCGCGAGUGGACUCUCCAGCAUUGAAAAAGAAGAAGCGAAGGCCUCCAUGGUCCCCGAGAGAGUGCCUCCUGAGAGUGCGGAGAUGACUGAAGAGCAGCUAUUAGAGAAUUUCCACCUAAUGGCCUCCUCCAGCGAGGACCAGCCCAUUCUUUGGAAUGCCAUCAGUACCUACAAAAGCAUGAGGGCCCGUGAGAUGGCCGACAUAAAAAAAUGGAAGCAGCCUUGCCGACGAGAACUCUACAAAGUGCUGGAGAGAUUAGCUAAGGCACAACAGAAAGCAGGAGAAGAAAUUUACAAAUUUUAUCUGCCAAACUGCAACAAGAAUGGAUUUUAUCACAGCAAACAGUGUGAGACAUCGCUGGAUGGAGAGGCAGAACUGUGCUGGUGUGUCUACCCUUGGAGUGGGAGGAGGAUCCCGGGAUCUCUGGAGAUCAGAGGGGACCCCAACUGCCACCAGUAUUUUAAUGUGAAAAACUAAAAAUAGAUGCUGCAGAUGUUCUUUCACAUGAAGUAUUUAAGUAUAUAGCAUAUUUAUACUCUAGGACAUACACACAUUUUUAUAUAUGUGUAUAUGUAUAUAUAUAAGGACUACUUUUUAUACUCCACAUAUUCCUUGAUAUAUAAAACUGGUUUAUAUUUAUUCACUGUAAGUUUAUUUUUUUCUACACAGUAUCUUGUGCUAUAUUAAUUUGUAUAUCAUGAAACACUUCUCAUCACCUUAUGUGUAAAUACUAUAUUUCAGUUCUUCAAAAGCUCAUGCUUCUGUUUAUAAAGAGCAUAGAGGGCUACUAUCUAGAAGAUGCAGAAGCAAAUAGAAGGCAGUGGUCUUCCAAGUGGUUUAAAGGACAGUCAACCUGUAUUUAAGAAUGAUUUACUUGGCACAUACCACGGAUCCAUGUCUGAUGUAGAUUUUCAUGGAAAGUUGAAAAGUUAAAAUGUUGAGUAUAUAAUCAAAGCCAGACGUGGUGAUGUUGCUCCAUGUAAAAAAUGUGCAUUGGAUACAUUGUUAAAUACACAACAGAACAUUUGGAAUAAAUAUUCUGCAUGAAAAUA